AUGGGCUCUUUGGCUGUACCACCGCCUAAUCGCAGUCGUGCUUCUUCAACUAACAUACGUCCUGCACUCACCAUAAACACGUUGGGAAGACGUCGCUCUUCUUCACUCAUUCUCCCUAUACAGCAAUCCGAACCAUCCACACCGUCCACACCAUCUGUGGAUAAGUCACAUCUUGAACCCUCUCCUCAAAUACUUGCCUCACCUGAACCGGACCAGAAACAUUCCAUGUUCGCAGUGAUCGCAUCCAGUUUCUUAGAUCUCUUGCACGUGCCCACAACUCACUCUAUAAACUGUCUACCGUGCAGGGACGAAUUGGUUUUACCAAUAUCUGCAUCCUCGCAGCAGACAACAUUUGGUGACAUUUUUAACGACAAGGAUGCACCUCGUACGCAUGCUCGCUGGUGGCGCCCUCCGUCGGUGCACGCUCCUAUACUGCUGGUGAUGCUACUUUUCCCGCUCACAACGGCGGCCGUACUGUUGUCCCUCUAUUCCUUACCCAUUUCCGUUGCUUUCCCGAGAACGCUACCCGAACUUGCGGCGCUAGGCCGCGAGCUGCAUGCAUAUUCGCAAAGUGGUCCGCUGCAUUUAGCUCAUGUCAUCGGCGUCUUGUCUGUAACUGCAGUGUGGAAGCAUGCUUGGUCGAUCCCAGGCAGCGUCAUCUGGAAUGUUUUAGCGGGCGCUCUGUUUCAUCCUGUUCUGGCUACAUUGCUCCUCUCUGCAUUGACUACACUGGGUUCAAUCUUUGCAACUCUUUUGGAGAAUCCAAUUUGUCAACCUGGUAAAAAAUCAAAGUCGCCGACCUGGGCACGGUUGUCCGUCCUCCGCCUCGUUGGCGUGGUGCCUUGGUCGGGAAUUAACAUCGCUUGUGGUGUGUGUGGUGUUGCGAUCUCCGAUUGCCUCCUCGGUGCCUUCAUUGGGUGCCUCCCUUGGACGGCGGUUACUUGUCAGAUCGGUGAUAUCCUUCAAACCGUUGCAUCCACGACCUCGCCAUCCCAGCAAACAGUUUCGUCACUGCUGACCUCACCAGACAUUCUGGUCAAACUUGCGUUUUUGUCGUUUCUCUCACUAGCACCCAUCCUCGGACGCGAGCGGCUGCGUUCUUUGAUCUCGGCAUCUUCCUCACCACAAUCUAAUAGAUCAAGCAUCAGUCAAGAGGAACGUGUCUCAAGAUGGACAUGGGUACAAGAAUGGAAGGUUCGGUUAUCUUCGCACUCACGUACGCAACGUGAGGAACAGCAGCUGCUGGAAGCUCUCGUCCAAGAGAAGUCUAGUCUUCCUUGA